UACCGGUAGUAAAAUUGUCAUCCUUGUGCUAACGUAUUUAAUUAUUUAUUGGUCUUCAAGAUUAAAGCCGAUUUCAAUUGAAAUCUAUUCGAUUAAAAAAUGUUACUCAAUUUCUGGGUCAUAGAGUCGCUCAGUCUUCUUUGCUUUCUCCUGACCAUACAUCAAGACGAGGCAAAACUUGGGAAACACAACUCGAGCGGUGAACAUCGCCAUGUAAAAACGUUAAAAAAAGACUUUGCUAAACAUAAACCAAAUUUAAACAAACUUCACGGAUCGAAGGUUGGGAUAACAAAGUCGGGAGAGAGAAGACAAUUUCUUGCCGUCGAAAAUGGGCAGCUACAAACGCAAUUAUCACAACAGGGAACCGAAUCUUCAUCACAAACACAAGAAAUUGUAUCUAACUCGCCAACCGCGUCUUCUCUGGGCGGAAAUAUUGAGACAGAAACGAGACCUUUACCAAACAGGCAAGACAUUUCAUCUAUUGGAAAUCUGCCUGCGGUGAAUUUAAACCCGCUUUCAAGCGCUACAAGUCCGUUAAUCGAAGGUGGUUUGACAGCGCCGAAUCUGCCGAAACUAGAUUAUAAUUUCUUGCCAAACGGAAUCGAGUUGGAAAAACAGACACCCGUGCCUUAUGACAAGCCAGAGUUUCGAUUGGUGCCGAAGUUAGUUCCUUUCCGCUACACAAAGAAACCAGAUGUUCAUGUAUCGCACAUCCAUUACCAUCAGGGAGUUAACCCAUGUCAAAAUGGCGGUCUGGUUGUCCAAUCUCCUGGUGGAUAUUCGUGUGUUUGUCGCAAGCAGUUCAGAGGAAAACAUUGCCAAGAAAAAGAUCAUUGUUUUCCCAAUCCGUGUAAAAAUGGCGGGAAUUGUAUCGAUCACAUUACACACUAUCGCUGUAAAUGUCGACAUAAAUAUCGCGGUUUAAAAUGUGAAAUUCUUAAUACCUGUGCAAAGAAUCCUUGCAAACACGGCGCGACUUGUUUGGAUCUUGCUAGUGGCCUUCGCUGUGUCUGUCCUGUUGGAUAUAAAGGAAGAUUCUGUGCAGACUUCGACUAUUGUAAUCCGAACCCAUGCAAAAAUGGCGCGAAAUGCACAGAGAAAGGCCUGGGUAUCAUCUGUACGUGCACCAACGAGUACAAGGGAACUAGAUGUGAAGUGAAGAAAGUUUGUGUUACUAAUCCCUGUCGUAACAAAGGAAAAUGCAACGAGGAUAAAUCAAGUUCACCUUGCGAGUGUGCUCAAGGUUUCACCGGAAAAUAUUGUGAAGAAAAUGUUUGCAAACCAAAUCCAUGUCUCAACAAAGGUGCUUGUUUAUUCAAGAAAUCCGAAGUCUCGUCCACGUGGCUUCCCGUCUGUCAGUGUCCUCUAACUUUCAAGGGAGAAAAAUGUGAAAUCCCCAACCCGUGCGCGGCUAAACCCAGUCCCUGCAAACAUGGCGUGUGUUCUGACGCUUUCAAUGGUCGUCGUAUGGACCUCUUGUCUGAUCAUUACGUGUGCAUGUGUGAGAGGGGAUAUAUGGGACAGAAAUGUGACGUUCGUAUUUGUGACAAAUGUGAUAAAAAUGCAAAGUGCCUCAAUAAGGAAUGCGUUUGCAACGAUGGUUACGUUGGAAAGGGUCUCGAAUGCAAAAAGCUUCCUGAUCCCUGUAUCCCGAACCCUUGCAAGAAUUUUGGCGUUUGUGUUCCUGUUCAAUCCUCCUACGACUGUCGUUGUCCGUUCUCGUUUGUUGGAGCGAGAUGUGAACAGCAACUAUGAGGACGGUUAUGUCAAGUAUCGUAUACCUUUUCCUCGUCCAGGGAAGAUGGUCUAUGAUCAUCCAGCGACCACAUAUAGAUCAGUGAGAUCUACAGGGCAACAUUGGGUUAAAGUGAAAACUGGCAUUCGUAAAACCAUUCUUAGAGGAAGAGAGGUUGUAGUUCACUUCGCAUUUUGUCUGCAUUAGAUGUGAAAAAAAUGUGUCAUCCAUAUUCAUUCAUUCCUUGGAAAGAGGCUUGUAUGGAUUAACCGUUACCUUAUUCCUUGGCGCGAAUGCGCGCGGGAAACGACAUUUUCUGGAAAAAUGGGAAAGUUCCGAGCAGAUGCUAUAGGAAGUACCUUUGGGAAUGUACAUGCAGUUUAAUAGUAGGAAGGCUAUGAUAUAUGUUUCUAGAUAUUGGAUUAUAUAUAUAUUUUAAACAGUAUAAGCUCUUCAAAAAAAUCGUUAUCAGAAUAUCCUCACUGACAAAA